AUGUUUCCUUUUAAUUUUUGCCGUCUUAUCGUAGCUUAUAGAGUGCGGCUUUCCCAUAAUCUUACUUUUGCCGCUAAACUGAAGCUUGAUGGGUAUGUGAACAACACUUGGACGCCCGUUUGCCAUCCAGUAGGCAUUGCUGAUAGACUUUGCCAGAUCCAAGGCUUUGAGUCAGCUGAGAAUAACGCAAACUGCGAUAUGAUCCAGACUCACCGAUAUGGCAACACAACUUGUGGCACUCUUCAAAGAAUGAUUUCUAAUUGUAGCGAACCUCACAGAGUUGCCGCUGUAUGUAGAGGCACGAAUUCAUCGGAGGAUUUCGAUGUGUUUAUUCUACGGGAUUCUACUGUGUUCGACGUUGGUCAAAAUGUAUCAUUAAUUUGCAAGAUUCCACGGAUAACAGUCCCCAUAACAGCAGAGUGGAGAAAAAAAACAGAUAAAAAAAUUAUCCUUCAGCAAGAUUUCCUUGGUGAAAAAGAUACAGAAUCGUCGUCGCAUAAAAGAUUUUACCUGGAUCUCGAGGCUGUCUCCACUCACAAUUCAGGGUGGUACACUUGUGAAGCAAAUUCCUCAAUCGGUUCAGAUAAGGAUUCCAUCUUUCUGAAUGUGACCAAACGCAGAGAGAACGAUGAGGAUAAUAACGUUGCAGUGAUCGUUCUUAGUUUUGUAUCUGGUUUCCUGUGCCUUGGCAUCUUUGUCUGCUUUGUCUACCACAAGAGACGAGUUUCAGCCCUAAGAAACGUUGAUCGUUUGGAAAAUUUCACUUUACAAAGUGACACAGACAAACGAUAUCUCUCCGUUACUGCUUCUCGCUGGGAGAUCACCCCAAAACAAAUUCACCUCCAAAGCAUACUGGGAACUGGGGCAUUUGGAGAGGUUUGGAAAGCUGUGGUUUACGGAAUGAAAGGGCACCCUGACGAGACUACAGUGGCUGUCAAGAAACUAAAACGUAACUGUUCUGACCACGAACAGGAAUCAUUGGCGCAAGAAAUUGAAUUGGGGAAAUCUUUGGGUGGAGACAAACAUCCCAAUAUCGUUAAUUUCCUGGCGUGUGUUUCCACAUGCACACCUAUGAUGUUGGUUUUGGAAUAUGCUCCAUACGGGGAUGUGCUUGGCUACCUCCGGAAAAGCAGGGGAGUGGAAGAUCAGUUCUAUUGUUCCCCAGAGUGUUGCCAGCAGGAAGUGACUUCAUACGAUCUGCUUAGUUUUGCACAACAGAUUGCUUCCGGAAUGAGUUUUCUGGCAUCAAAGAAAAUCCUUCAUCGUGAUCUCGCUGCAAGAAACGUUCUGUUGGGAGCAGACAGGAUUUGUAAAAUUACCGACUUUGGACUGGCUCUGAUAAGGGAUAAAUAUCAACAGUAUCUUUAUUGCACUGCCGUUAGAAAGGGUCGCCUCCCGAUCAAAUGGACCGCUCCUGAGCAUCUUUUUAAAGGUUCUGACGAAAAAAACGUCAGAGUGUCAGAGAAAAGUGAUGUUUGGUCAUACGGCAUUGUUCUGUUUGAAAUAUUUACUUUAGGAGGCGUGCCUUAUCCAGGGUGGAACGAAUGGAAAGUUGUGUAUGAACUGAAAGUGAACAAAUAUCGGAUGCCUCAACCAGAACAUGUCAGUGAUGAACUAUAUCAGCUUAUGGCGGAUUGUUGGAACGAAGACCCUGACGCCAGACCCACGUUCGAUCAUCUUCAUGAAGUGAUGACUGGGUUUUUGCAGGAAGAGCACUAUGUGGAUAUGUCAAAGUAUGAACCAAGUCUUUAUGCAAAUGUGGAGGAAAUGGUCACUUCUUCAGGUCUUGCUUCCUUUGAUAAUUUGACAACUGUGCUGUAG